UGGACGGCGGGCGGCGUCCAUUCCUUUCGUUUCCCGCCUCAAAGGUUUCAGGGCUUGUGUUCAAGUGUGUUUUAGGUUAGAGCCCCACGGGUGGGCGUAGACGACGGAAGGGCCGGACAUGUUCCUAGCAGCCAGCUUCGUCUUCACGCGCGAAGGAGACCAGCGCUUCCCACCGAGCUCGCGGGACCCGGCCCUGAAGAGGCCUUGGGGACGACUGUUUUCAGGCGUUUCCCACGCGCAGCUCACAGCUUAACUCGCUAAGCCACCGACAGCCUAGUCCGAAAUCCUUACAAAGAAUUCCCUGGUUGCCCUAGUGUAGAGUCACAGAAACAGAGAUCUUCCAUCUGCUGGUUCACUCUCCCAAAUAGUUGCAUCUACUGAGGCUGGGCUAGACUGAAGCCAGGAGUCUAGAACUCCAUCUGAGUCUCCCAACGUGGUGGCAGGAGCCCACAUACUUGGACCGUCAUUGGCUGCUUUUCCAGAGAAAGUGAUUGCAAUGGGCCCUCAGAAACACCCGUGGGCAAAGCAUGUGCUGGAACACCUGUACUGAGCCUGGAAAAGCAGCUCCAGUUCUUUCAGGCAGCCCUCGGCCAUUCCCUGUGAGCCCGUGGACGCCACCUGAGAUGUCUCCUUUUGGUUGCUCUGGCCUGCUUGUGGCCAUCCUCGCCCUGCUCUGCUGCCCAGGGUCUGGUGAGGAGACGUUCGAAGUGCACAUGUGGCCAGAGAGGCUGGUGGUCGAGCCCAGGGGGUCCUGGGAAGUCAACUGCAGCACUAGUUGCACCCAGCCGGAGAUGGGGGGCCUGGAGACCACCCUGACCAAGACCCUGCUGGACUCACAGCCCCAGUGGAAGCGGUACUUGAUCUCCAACGUCUCCGAGGACACGGACCUCCAAUGCUACUUUCUUUGUGCCGGGAAGCAUCAGUCAAAGCAUCUCAGCAUCACCGUGUACCAACCUCCAGAGCAGGUUGUGCUGAAGCUGCAGCCCACGUGGGUGGCCGUGGGCAAUUCCUUCACCAUUGAGUGUAGGGUACCUGCUGUGGAGCCCCUGGAGAGCCUCACCCUCAUCCUGCUCCAUGGCAACAAGACUCUGCACAACCAGACCUUUGAGGGAAGAGCAGCUGUGCCCCAGGAGGCCACGGCCACACUCAGCAGCACAGCUCACCUGGAGGACAGGAAGCACAACUUCUCCUGCCUGGCCCAGCUGGACCUGCGGUCUCGUGGCGGGGGCAUCUUUCACUGGGUCUCAGAGCCCCAGAUGCUGGAGAUCUAUGAGCCCAUGCCAGACAACCAGAUGGUCAUCAUCAUCACAGUCGUGUCGGUCCUGCUCUUCUUGUUCGUGACAUCCGUCCUGCUCUGCUUUGUCUUUGGUCAGCACUGGCGCCAGAGGCGCACAGGCACCUAUGGGGUGCGAGCUGCUUGGAGAAGGCUGCCCCGGGCAUUCCGGGCACAGCCUGCAUGAGCAGCGCAAGGCCCCACAGUGGCAUCACUGGAACUCAGCGGCCAUCCUCGGGGAGGUGGGCCAGCCCUAGCGGAAGGACUGUGACCAGCAGCAGAAGACUUGGGGGAAAUUCCCUUUUCUAACCUGAAUACAAACACCUAGACUCAA